UUAAAGUGUAUUCCGGUAGAAGAGGAGCGAUGGCGAAUCUGUCUUCAGACAAAGGGACCAUCAACAACCCAGCAGACAUCGCCAUCAUUGUUGGAUAUUUCAUCAUGGUUAUUAGUGUCGGCAUUUGGUCCAUGUUUCGGACCAACCGUGGGACAGUUGGAGGGUAUUUCCUGGCAGGGCGCACAAUGACAUGGUGGCCGGUUGGUGCCUCUCUGUUUGCCAGCAACAUUGGUAGCGGUCACUUUGUGGGCUUGGCAGGCACUGGGGCAGCUAGUGGCAUCGCUGUGGGAGGGUUUGAGUGGAAUGCUCUGUUCAUCGUGCUGCUGCUAGGUUGGUUGUUUGUUCCGGUCUACCUCACAGCGGGGGUGAUCACCAUGCCCCAGUACCUGAAGAAGAGAUUUGGAGGGACCAGGAUCAGCCUCUACCUCUCCAUUAUCUCUCUGUUUCUCUACAUUUUCACCAAGAUCUCAGUGGAUAUGUUUUCAGGAGCUGUGUUUAUCCAGCAGGCUUUAGGGUGGAACAUCUAUGUGGCUGUCAUCACCCUUCUGUUAAUAACAGCCUUGUACACUGUUACAGGUGGCUUGGCUGCUCUGAUGUACACCGACACAUUUCAGACAUUUGUCAUUAUUGCCGGGGCCUUCGUCCUCACCGGCUUCUCUUUUGUUAAAGUUGGAGGCUACAGCGCUCUGCUGGCCAAAUACAGCUCUGCUACACCAAGUAACUUCUCCUCCAUGGAUCCCCAGCGCUAUAACAUCUCCCUACACUGCUACACCCCCAGACAGGACGCCUUCAACCUGCUGAGGGACCCAACCACAGGGGACCUGCCCUGGCCGGGAGUGAUAUUUGGGAUUGCUAUAGUGGGAGGCUGGUACUGGUGUACAGACCAGGUGAUAGUCCAGCGGUGCCUUGCAGCUCGUAGUCUGACCCAUGUGAAGGCCGGCUGCAUCAUGUGUGGCUACCUCAAACUGCUGCCAAUGUUCCUCAUGGUGUUCCCUGGCAUGAUCAGCAGGGUCCUCUACCCAGAUGAGGUUGGCUGCGUUGUCCCUGAGCUGUGUAAGAUGGUGUGUGGGACUGAGGUGGGCUGCUCCAACAUUGCUUAUCCUAAACUGGUGGUGUCCAUCAUGCCGAACGGUUUGCGAGGUCUGAUGCUGGCUGUGAUGCUGGCUGCUCUCAUGUCCUCUUUAGCCUCCAUCUUUAACAGCAGCAGCACUCUGUUCACCAUGGACAUCUGGACACGCAUCAGACCACAGGCCACCGAGAGCGAGCUCAUUAUUGUAGGCAGAGUCUGGGUUCUGUGCAUCGUAGCCAUCAGUAUCUGUUGGAUCCCAGUGGUCCAGGCGGCUCAGAGCGGUCAGCUGUUUGAUUACAUCCAGUCAGUCUCAAGCUAUCUGGCUCCGCCUAUCGCCUCAGUCUUCCUCCUGGCUGUGUUUGUGAAGAGGGUCAAUGAAAUGGGUGCGUUCUGGGGCCUGAUAGGCGGCCUGCUGAUGGGUUUGUGCCGGAUGUUGCCUGAGUUCUGGUUCGGUACUGGCAGCUGUAUUUUCCCCUCCAACUGCCCUUACUUGGUGUGUGGGGUCCAUUACCUCCACUUUGGAAUCAUACUCUUCUUCUGUACGUCAGUGCUGGUUCUGGUGGUCAGCUACUGCACAAAGCCCAUAGAGGAUCAACAUCUCCAUCGUCUGGUGUUCAGCCUGCGUCAUUCCAAAGAGGAGAGGAAGGACUUGGACUGGGAGCAGGAAGAUAGAGGGAGAAGAGCCCGGAAAGCGGCUGAGGAGAGGAUAAGGGAGAGUAACAAUAGUGGUCAAGGGGCUCAGGAGGAAGCAAAGUCUGGUAUCUGUCAUCUGGUUCGUCGCUUCUGUGGCGGCGGUGGCUCACAGGCCCCAGAGCAAGACGCACCCGAGGCGCCAGAGAAGCUGCCUGACAUCAGCGAGGACCCGGUGUGGAAGUAUACUGUGGAUGCUAAUGCUCUCAUUAUGAUGACUAUUGCAGUUUUUAUGUGGGGUUACUAUGCUUAACAGUCCUAUUAAUUGUAGUGGAUGUUAAAUUGUGAGUUGGUAUCUUGAUGUGAUGAGGUUUAAUCACUGGUGGGUUGAUCUUCAAAGGACUCAAAUAAAUAAAUACAUUGUUGCCAUCUGUUGGCAAUUAUGUGUCACUGCACUGCAAAUCAUAGGGACGUUUUUCACAAUGAAUAAAGAUUCAAAAUAGGCAGUCAUGCAGAUAUACUCACUUCUCUGUAGAGCACAAUAGGUUGUGAUCCUUCACAGCAUUUCUCCAGUUUUAAGGAGCAUGUGUAAUGUGGUCUAAAAAUGUUUUAUCGGGUUUGAAUGCCAUUACUGUAUAUUGUUACAU